GUUUUCAUGUUGUUUUGUCAAUAACGUUAAGCGAAAAUUUAGGUCAUUUAAAAUUUUUUACAUGUGUAUAAUCGAAUUUUGUGGAUUAAUUGGGUGACCUUGAAGUUUUUUUUAAAUUUUCUCAACCUUGACGAGCUGUGGUUUAUUUAAAUUUUCUCAUUUUUCAGCUAAAAAGACUCCAACAAAAACACCAAAAAAGCCUCAAACAAUUAUCAAAACACCAGAAACACCCAAAUCUACAUUUGCUCAAACAAAAACAAUCGAAGCUUUACCUAAAAAUUUGGUUGGAUAUUCUAAAGAUUUUACUACACCAACAAAAAGUGUUGAUGAACCUUCAUUUACUUUACCAGAAAAUUUUACUUUUAAUCAACAAAAACAUGUUGUUACAGAAGGUUUUUUAUAUUUUAAAUUUGAAAAAUUGGGAAAGGUUUUGGAUAAAUAUAAUUUAAAAAUUGGGGAGUUGGGAAUUUUUCGAAAUCCGCUUUAGUAAGAAAAAAUGAGAGGGAGACUUAGCCCCUCCAAAAAUCGGAAACUUUGAAACCAUAUAAUUUUUCGAUUUGGAGGUCAGGGCAAAAGAAGCCAAAAAUUUGGCAUUCGGUUAUAUCGACCCUGCUUUACACACAUUUAUAUGUGUAUUUUUUGUCAUAGUUCCCGUUGGUUCUAUGUCAGUUUUGAAGAAAUGGCAUGGGUGUAGUUGUAUUGUUUUCUGGGGGAUUAUUGGAUAUAUGGUGCUUUUACUGAAAAUCUUUGAUAACUGUUAUAAUUUUUUGUGUUCUAAAUAUUUUAUGAUGAACCCAGGACCUUGUUGCCAACUCCAAAAAAAUUUUUUAAGUUUUUUUUCUUCAAUUUUAGCCUCUACUGAUACCACAACAGCUACAUCUCCAAAUCUUUUACCAACAUUAUUAACUACACCUUCAACUACUUCAAUUCCUACAUCAACAGUUUUAACACCAGCAACAACAACAACCCCAAAUAUUGCUUCAAAACAAGUUGAUACUCUUUUACCAAGAACACCCCCAGCAUUAUUAAAAGAAAAUGAAGGAAAAGAAAAAACGGCAGAAAAAGAAGAAGAAAAAUUGAAAGAAAAUUUAAUUUUGGAGAAGGAAAAAGUUGAGGAAGUUGAAGAAAAACUGAAAGAACAACAACAACCAAUAAUUAGUGUUGGGGGAGAUGAAGGAAUGGAAGAUGAAAUUAUUGUUGCACCACAACCAGUUAUUAGUAAUAGUAAUACUUCACAAGAACAGUCUAGUAUAUCUAGUGUUAAUUUCAAUUUUAAUAUGGGAGGAUUGGGUGCAACAUCAACUCCAGUCAAUGCAAGUCGAAAUCCUUUUGGUUCAAUUCAACCAAAACCUGGCGGCCUUUUUAGUGGGUCUCCACAAAGUGAAUCAUGGAGGUCUCCAUUCAGUCCUUCUGUUAAUACAAAUCAAAAUAAUAGUGGAGCUUUUGGAUCUUUUGGAGCAAUAAGUAGUGGAGGAGGUGGUGGUGGUAGUUCGGGAUCUUCAGGGUUUGGUACUUCUCCUUUUGCUUCUGCUCCAAUAAAACCUUCAGUAUUUGGAGCAGCCCCAGUUUGGAAUAGUCCUUUUGGUGGUGGUGGUAUGGCUAGUAGUGGUGGUUCUUCCGGUGCUGGAAGUGGUGGAGGAGGUUCUAUGUUCGGUGGUGGAAUUAAUAAAAGCGGUGGUUCUUCAACUACUGGGAUUGGAACAACUGGAUUUUCUGCGUAAAAAAACUAUUAAUUUCUUCACAAAUUUUCUCUUCUCCUUUUCUAAUCUACCUCUUUUCUAUAUAAAAAACAGACAUGUUUUUUCUUGGUAUCCG